UUUGAUUACAAUGAACCAUUUAUUCUGUGGCUAAACAAAAUAGAAAACGUUUGGGUUUACAGAAUCCUACCAGAUGUUACACUGUGUCUAGAAAUCCGAGUUGGGAAGACUGGACACGUUCUCUUUUUCUCACGCGACCAUUAACUUGAAAGGCACCGGAAGUUUGCCUUCCCACUUCCCCCUCGCGCUUGACAACGGCCACCGUUCAGAGCGGCGAUCGGUUUUGUUUUCGUUUUCUGCCAAGGGAAAGCGGGGCUAUGCUGGCCGUGUGAUCCGCCUUGACGGAAGAUGGCGGGACUGGAGGUGCUGUACUGCUGCGUGGCGGGCAGCCUGACGUGCGCGCAGGACGCCGCCGUGUGCCUCGUGCACUGGGAGAUUAUAAAGAGCGGAUACAAAUGUGUCGGCUCGGGGGACGAGCCUAGUAACAGCGACAAGAAGUCAGAGCUGCUGCCUGCAGGCUGGAACAGUAACAAGGAGCUCUACACUUUGCGUUACCGUAGCAACGACGACAAUGGCCACUUCCUGCUCAAAGCCAUCACCGUCGACUCCGCCUUGAUUUUCAACCUAAUGAAUAUCAAAACACAGCAGGUAUCAGACCUGACGGUGAAUGUCAGUGAUCACGUCAAUGGUGACCAACUGCACUCGUUUGACAGUGUUUACAAGGACACGGCCGGCUUGUCGGAGAAGGUGAGGACUCAGCUGCUGCCGUCGCAGGAAAGGCCGGCGGAGAGGAGGAGCAAGAGAGAGACCCAGGAGGAAGAAGAGAGGACAAGGCAGAGAGGGGAGCACCACGACCCGCUACGCAUCCCCUUCCGGCAGCCGUACGCCGGCACGCAGCCCCGCUGGCCCGACCCAAUGGGUCCUCCAUUUGCAGCUGGUGGAGCAGAUCUGGAUCCCUUUGGGUCUCGUGGUGGUGGGGGAAUGAUCGUUGACCCUCUGAGGUCGGGGUAUCCACGGUCUGGUUUCGACCCAUCCAGUGGGAUCCCCGACAUUCUGCCUCCUGGAGCGGUUCCACCAGGAGCCCGCUUUGACCCAUUUGGCCCUGUAGGACGCCACAGACCAGGGCCGGACCCAGAUCACCUGCCACCUCCAGGCUACGACGACAUGUUCAUGUAGAACUCUUCAACAUUUCCUGGUUCUUACUUCCUGCCCUCUGCCAACUCAGCUACCAACUCUCCAGCCCCCCAGUCAAUAGGAGCUGGAGGGCGGGCUUCAUUACCACCUUCCUGAUGGGGGUCUUCUACUAAACACAGGGCUGAGUUCGGUUCCCCUUUGUGGCUGAAUGUGUGUUGUUCUCUCCACUUGCUAAUCAUUCCUUUCAAGCUCAUAGAUGGUGUCCAAAAAACACCUUAAACCUCCCGUGUGAAUUUUGGUUUGAUUCCAUUCGUUUGCAGUGAAGAAUCUAAAAUAACAUUUCACACACACGCACACUGGUUUUCGUGGUGUUCCUCUGCGUUUAUUUAGGUAGUGCUUUCCCCCCUCGCCUGGAAGGAGGACACACUGGAGUAGAGAAGCUAGUCCAUGUCCAUCCUAGAUAAUCGGUGUGUACUUGUGUAUGAAUAAAAUGUGCUUGGUGUAAAAUGUGUGUUUAAAUAAAGACGGGAAAAACGCAGAC